AUGUAUAAAGCUUUAUUCCCAGCCCAACCAUCAACCACAACAAAAUCAGAAAGAUUGGUUGAAUUACCUAGAAUUUGUUCAUGGGAUGAUAAGAAAAAGAACUUAGCUAUUCCUGUUAGAGUUACACAGAGACAAAAUUACAACCACUGUAAUUCUAAUAAUACUUCAAACAUUAACUCAAAGAGACGAAGUAACUUGGUACCUAUUAAUUUAACAUCGACAAGAAAGGUUCCUUCGAGAGAAAAAGAAAAAAGUUCCUUACCCUCUUUGUUCCUUUCUAAUACAAGAUCACUCGUUAAUAAAAUUGAGGAUCUGGAAGUUGUCAUUAACCAAAACGACGUGGAUAUAGUUUGUAUUACAGAAACUUGGCUGACCAAUAAUAUUUCCAACUCAGUAGUCGACAUUAGUGAUUACACGCUAGUACGGAAAGAUCGAAGCGCUGAUAAACGUGGUGGUGGUGUUUGUACGUACAUCAAAUCAUCAAUUGAUUUCACAACAAUUGACGAACUUAAUGAUUCCCCAUUUGAAUCUCUUUGGGUAUACCUCCGUCCGAACCGACUCCCACGAGGUUUUUCUUGCCUAAUUAUCGGUAUUAUAUACCACCCACCACAAGACGAUGAUGCUACUUUUACGGAUCACCUAAUUUCAUCUUUGGAUGCUGCUUUGAACAAAUAUCCUAAUGCUGGAAUUAUUUUGGUUGGCGAUUUUAAUCGUUUAAAUUACCGAUAUAUUAGUAACCAUUUUAACCUGCGACAAACCGUUAAAAAUCCAACACGUGGUGCUGCAAUCCUCGACCUAAUUUUCACCAACCUGUUUCACCAUUAUAGCACUCCUCAAAUUCUACCCGGAAUCGGCUUAAGUGACCAUAACUCCCUACUUAUUCGUCCUUUAAGGAGAACUCACAAAACGAAAGUAGAAUCAAUUUUUAGAAGAAAUGUAAAGCCAAGCAUGAAGUCCUGUUUUGGAAGAUGGUUAGCAUCUACUGAUUGGUCAUUCCUUGAAACACUAUCAAACUGUACGGAAAAACUCGCUGCUUUCCAAUCUUUGCUAAAUUUUGCUAUCGAAAUUUUCUUCCCACUCCGAAAAAUCAAACAACACCCAACAGACAGGCCUUGGAUUACUCCUGAAGUGAAGAGUCUAAUCCAGCAACGACAACAAGCAAUGUCCAAAGACCCUCCUGUUUACAAAAAAUUGAGAAAUAAAGUUAACAGGCUAAAUAACAGUCUUAGGAGUUCCUUUUUUGCAAAUAAGGUAAAAAACUGUGACAAUGUAGCUUCCUGGUGGAAAUCCAUCAAACAACUUGGAGGACUUCCUAAGAAAUUACCAGUAUCCAGUGUUUUUGUAUCGGGCAAAGAAUUCCAUUCAACCGAAUUAGCAACAAAAAUUAAUGAAAGCUUCCUGUGUAUCACUAACUCUCUACCACCUCUAAACAGCCAAUUGGAAAACGUUGAAACUGAUCCUGCUGUAGUUAACGAAAUUAUUUCAAAAUACCACAUCUCUCCUGAAGAUGUUUUUACGAAGCUCUCCAACCUCAAACGCACUAAAGCCUCGGGUCCUGACAACUUACCAAGUUGGGUCUUAAACGAGUUUGCCAUGGAACUCUCAUCACCCGUUGCUGAAAUUUUUAACGCGUCAAUCCAAGAGAGAGUCGUACCCGUUUCAUGGAAAGUAGCAGAUGUAAUACCUAUUCGUAAAACAGAUAAUGUUAAGGAAAUUGAAAAUGAUCUACGCCCAAUAUCUCUAACACCAAUUCUCUCAAAAACCUUGGAACAUUUUGUCGCAGAGUGGAUUAUGUCACAGAUCAGACACCUCGUUGACAGGAAACAAUUCGGAUCACUCGCCGGCUUAUCUACAACUCACGCUCUUCUAUCCUUUUUUCAUCAUCUGUAUGGAACUACCGACCAAUCUGACCAAUGCGUGCGUGUGCUGCUUCUGGAUUUUAGUAAAGCCUUCGACAAGAUUGAUCACCAUAUUCUUAUCAAGAAGAUGGAGGAAAUGGCCAUCGAUCCCGUUCUUAUUGCAUGGGUAAAACAGUUUCUUACUGGCAGGAAACAGCGAGUGAAGAUAGGUAAAUACACCUCAAGUUUCGAACCAGUGAACGGCGGGGUUCCACAAGGCACUGUCUUAGGUCCGAUUCUAUUUAUGAUUAUGAUAAACGAUUUGUUGGUUGAUUGGGACGAUAGAUGGAAAUAUGUUGACGAUUCGUCUGUUUCAGAAACCCUUUCUAGAAACCAAGAUUCGAACUUUCAAACUAUUUUAGAAGGAAUUACGCAGUGGUGUGCAAGAAAUAACAUGUCCUUAAACCCCCGUAAAUGCAAAGAAAUCCUCGUUUGUUUUUGGAAAAACAAUCCAAAUUUCCCUCCAAUGAUCGUUGACGAACAGCCCAUUGAAGUUGUGAAAUCCGCUAAACUCCUUGGCUUAAUUUUCAAGGACGACCUAAAGUGGAAUGACCACGUGGCUUACAUAGUGAAAAAAUCCGCAAAACGCCUUUACAUGCUUAGACUCCUCAAGCGAGCUCGUUGUGACACUAAAACAUUGAUAUCAGUGUAUUUUUCAUGUGUAAGACCCAUCUUGGAGUAUUGCGCCCAAGUUUGGCAUUAUAACAUACCUGAAUACCUAUCCAAAGAAAUAGAAAGGAUCCAGUCAAGAGCGUUGAAAAUAAUUAACCCAUCGUCAUCAUACAAAGAAUCCUUAUCAGAUCUCAAUAUCCCAACAUUGUAUUCUAGGCGCGAACUGUUAUGUUCAAAAUUUUUUAGAAAAAAGGUUCUUCCGCAAACUAGUCCUCUAUCCGAACUAGUUGAACCAGCCGAACAUCCAAGCUACAAUCUACGCACAUCGAAUAAACUCGUUCCAAUUAAUUGUCGGACAAAUCGCUUCAAAAAUUCGUACAUUCCCUCGUCUGUAACGAUUUAUAAUAAACACUGAGUAACUAUAAAUUACAUACAUUUUUAUUUGUAAAUAUUAUGGUAAUAUCAUACUAAAAGUUUUAAACUCUUCCUAUAUUAUAGUAAAUAUGUUUUUGUAAAUAUACAAUAUUUUUCUAAUCAACCUUACCCUGUAAAUGAUAGAUGUAUUUCAACCUUCAUGGUUGCAAAGUCUAUAUUUUAUUAAUAAAUUCAAAUUCAAAAGUUAAUAUAAGGCCAAAUAAAAAAAAAUACUUGGUUAGCGUCACACUCUCACAAAUUUUCAGAGGCGGGCGGGCGGAUUUUUUUUUAAAUUUUUACUCGUUUUUUAAUUUUUUAAUAGUAUUUUUGGAGGGGAUGGGGGCGGUUUUUCCACCAUAUCGGUGAUAUUUUUUGUACUGAUGUUGCGAAGGCCGCCAUUUUGCUUUAAGAACCUUGUAUACCCAAGCCUAUGCGCUCCUAUCGAUCAGUAUAUAGCGCGAAGGUCUGAGCAUGAGAAAAAUUUCAAAUAUUAAACUGUUUUAAGCUGUAAAACGAAGAGAUUUACAUAAAAAAAAUUUUAAAAAAUUCAGAGGCGGCAGAAAAUCGAAAGGCGGGCGGUGACGCUAACCAAGUAUUUUUUUUUUAUUUGGCCUAAUAGACAUGCUCCACUACAUCAUGUACAUUAACUGUAAUUAUAAUACAUUUUAGUUUUAAAUUAAUUUAAAAUUAUUCACUGUUAAUAAUUCCAUUGAAGAAGUCCAAUUAAAAUGGUUCAAAAUUAAACCAGCUUUUGUGUCUUCAAUUUCCAUACAUCUUGCUUGGUACUGCAGUAUUUUUCCACCCAGAUCAAGAUUAACCCUUUAAGUGGCAAUGCACCCUGAUAUGCCCUACAUUAUUAUUUUACUCUGUCUAACACCAGACAAUUUACUCAUCAAGGGAGAGUGCUGUCACUCUAAGGCUUAAUUGGGAAACCAGGGUGAGUCAGGACAAAUUCCCAAUUGUGUGAUAAAUGGUGUCCCAAUUGUAAGAUAAUUCUGGAAUAAACAAGAAUAUAUUAUAUGUUGUAAAGUUGAGUACAGAAAUGAUGAUGGGAAAAACAAGAGAUACCAGACCCAUUGGUGGUGCAAUUAUCAGACUUAAUGGUAUAACAACCAAAAGUCAGUGCCGUAGCAAGUUCGAUAAUUGGGGGGGGGGGGGCCCUCAUAUUCAUAUAUUCAUAUUCACAGUCCAUAAAAACAAUCCAUUUCAAAAGAAAUUAAUAACGCAGAACACGAAUAUAAUAUAUGAAUAUGAGCCUCCCCCAAUUAUCGAGCUUGCUAAGGCACCGAAAGUGGCCCUAAACGUUGGCCAUGAUACAAGGUAGAAAUUACCUUAUCAUUUCAAGGACUAUGAGUGCAAGGAUUGUCAGAACAUAGUUAGAAGUAAUUGCCAGAUUGGCCCCAGUGCAUUGAUACAGUAUUUCUGGUUUUUCAAAUUGUUUAAUUAAGGCUAUGAUAGGAGUUAUGUGCCACCUGAGCUUCUAUAUUAUCCCUACAACCAUGUGCCCCCCAACAAUGUGUUGUUAAUGACCAAUGUAACGUCUUUUCAUCAUACAGCAACAUUUAGUUACGGGGGGGGGGGUAUAUUUUGUUAUUUACAGGUAUUUUGGGAAAUAUUUGAAUGCUCCAAAAGUCUUGUCAUUGAUUUAAUAGCCUUGUAUGCAAAGUUUUAAGUUGGCACAUAAUCAUAUUACACAAAACCUGGAGUUAAUAGCACUUUAUAAAGUAAUUUAUAAAUAACAAAAAUUUGUAGUUUCAGCAACCAAAUUGUGAAAUACACAUGUUGCAAAAAAAACCCCAGCAAAAAGCUGUCUUCUUUAUAAUCCAAAGAGUUUAAGAGUGCAUUUCAUCGUGAAAUAUAAAGAUAUAAACGCAUAAAUAAAAUUGAAUAAAAUACCAACCUGUUUUUAUAUUGCUCGCUGGCUCCAAUUAAAGGCAUUCAACACUCUAGAUUUACGAAUACCUUCGAUUGGUUGUUAAUCGAUAGCUUUUCCAAACAUGACAGUGUUUCCUUUGAGUGCUUCUCUCAGUUAUCUGGCACAAUAAGAUUUUUCGCCUUUUAAAUUUUAAUACCACUAAUCAGCUGAAAGCCUGAAACAACAGGUUACAGGACAUUUAUGGAUUGUCCUGUAAUGGUGGUCUAAACCAUCUUGAUCAUAGCAAGAUAAAUUAUACUGACAUUCCUCAUGCGGACAAGGGAGUUUAUCAGCUAAAAACGCUCUGUGGUGUAUAUUAAAAUAGUCUUUCCUCUUUUGUUGUCAAAUUGUCCGCCAUUUUGUCUCUGUAAUCUGCCAGUCGUUAUUUUUCCCCUCGCCUUCCCUUUUCCACUUGCGCGUCCACAUUUGGUACUGAUCUAUAUAUAUAUAUGGAUAUAUACCUAUUCGUCCCUAUAUAUAAAAUUGAAAUUCAAAUAACGACUGGGGACGAGUCUGACUUCUAAUUACAAAACUAGAAAAUACAUGCAUGCAGAAAUCCCUCGCCUUGACAAAACCAUUGACAAAACCAUUGUAUUUUCCGAACAUGAAGUAGUUGUCAUAGUAACACGAUAAUUUUGUUAAUUUAAGAAUAUUUUUUUCAAAUGAAAAGUCCCCUAAAAUAUCACUUUUAAUUACGAAAUUAUCAAUUCUCCAAACACAUAUAUGUUAGAUAUGUUAUUAUACGUAUAAAACUAAACAUACUUUUGAGUUUUGGCUUUAUCGAUAAACUUUGAGUUUGAAAUAAAAUGAUUUUAAAUUCUCGCAUGCAAAUAACUUUGCUUUCUUUUUUAUUUAAAAAAUUUAAUAGAAUAAAAAAGGGUAGCCAAUAAAGUAUACACUAAAAUUAUAUGCUGUCUUGAUUCGUUUAUACGCAACGUCUAUACGAUCGGCUUUUAAAGCAAUUAUAAUUAAGCAAACAAUACAUUAAUAUUUAAAACAAACUUGCCUUCUUAACGUCGGCGACUUUCCUCCCUUCUUUUAGCCGAUUCUUUCGCCAUUUUUCUUAAAAAGCUUUUGAAAUUCACAAAAUCUUGCAAAAUAAAAUAUAUUUGCAAGAAAUCAUCAAAUCAAGAAAUGCAGUCGGUAUAAUGCAAAUUUUAAAUUUGACCAAUCAGUGUUCGCUAUUGAUGACAGUCCGCCAUAUUUUUGAGAUCAGUGAGGAUGACCACCCACCGUUGGUCACCGACGCCCGCGAUGGUUGAUGAACUUUAGAUUUCGAUAAUGCUUUCGUUUCCCCGGGUGUAAAUAACUGGGGGGGAAUUAGUACCCUCGCCCCAAGCUUACGUCCGAAACGGCGGCCGUUCGCUCGGGGAUUAUGCACAGGAACUAUACAGAAACAUCGUAUUUAGCUAAUAGGUAUGUUAAAUAAAUUUCACAAGAGUAAAAUACAGCGUAUAAAACUUUAUUUAAUUUGUCAUUAGUGUUAAACAACACACCGAGCUAUUUUUUAUGCCUUAUUGUGGAAAUAUUUUCCUCAAUAACAAAAAAAAACCUUUUGUUAUUGUUAUUAAUGCGAGUCCAGAAGAUAUGUGCUUUUUCCUCUUAAUAAUAGCUAAAUAAUAGUCUCAUACUGGCAUUGUCAGUUAAUAGCUAUCAUUUCUAAUCUGUAUUAGUCAGUCACACAUACAGCCAAGAUAAGAAACAGUGGCUUUGUGAUCUUCGUUUGCUUCCCCAGAUCAAAUUUGGCCAUUCGUUAUAA